AUGACUGAAACAGGUGCAGCGGCUGCGGCUGGCGGUCCAGGAUCUGUUGGUUUAAAAGGCGUAGUUGCCGGUGGAAUAACUGGUGGCAUUGAAAUUUGUAUAACAUUUCCUACGGAAUAUGUAAAAACCCAACUUCAGUUAGACGAAAAAGGCGGUACAAAGCAAUACGCGGGAAUAUUCGACUGCGUGAAGAAAACCGUGAAGGGCCAUGGUUUUUUCGGUCUCUACAGGGGACUCAGCGUGUUGUUAUAUGGCUCCAUCCCGAAAUCUGCAGUCAGAUUCGGCGUGUUCGAGCAGGCGAAACUGUACAUGGUGACUGACAACGGUACGCUCACCACCACGGGGAAACUGGCGUGCGGUCUAGCGGCCGGCGUCGCGGAGGCGGUGUUCGCCGUGACCCCAAUGGAGACAGUCAAGGUCAAAUUCAUAAACGACAUGCGCCUCGAGAAGCCCCGUUUCAAGGGCUUCUUCCACGGCGUAAGGACGAUCGUGAGGGAGGAAGGCGUCGGCGGCGUAUACAAGGGCGUCACCGCGACGAUAAUGAAGCAGGGCAGCAAUCAAGCGAUCAGGUUCUUCGUGAUGGAGUCGCUGAGGGAUUGGUACAAGGGCGGAGAUCGCGACAAGCCGGUGCCCAAGUACAUCGUCGGGCUGUUCGGCGGCGUGGCAGGCGCGGCGUCCGUAUUCGGCAACACGCCGAUCGACGUCGUCAAAACCAGAAUGCAGGGCUUGGAGGCGAAAAAGUAUAGAAGCACUUGGGACUGCUUCAUAAAGACCUGGAAACACGAGGGUCCGCUCGCCUUCUACAAGGGCACCGUCCCUCGUCUCAGCCGCGUCGUUUUCGAUGUCGCGAUCACUUUCACAAUAUACGACAGCAUCAUGGACGUGUUCAACUACGUGUGGAAG